GCAGUUUGUUGACAGCUGCUCAGCAUCAGUAUGAAUCUGUCAGACAGACAGACAGGGCGAUGUCACCUCUUUAUUAACCUGCUGCGGCCUUAACACACCUGUAAGAACACCUGGACGGGAUCCUCACAGGUAUCUUUGACGCCCCAGCUUUUUUGGAACUGAGGUUGUAGGAUGUGUCAACUAAAUCCCAGCAGGACCAGCUGAGUCCACCUCUGGGGAAAGAUGGCUUCCCAGCCAAACCCGCCGUCCGUCUUGAGGGAGUUCUGCCCGCUCUACUACCUGCUGAACGCCAUCCCAGCUAAGGUGCAGCGGGGGUUCAGGUCGGUCCUGGUCUACCUGACGGCCCUGGACAGCAGCGGUGACUUCCUGGCGGUGGGCAGCAGCAUCGGCAUGCUCUACCUGUACUGUCGCCGCCUCGCACACAUGAACAAGUACAGCCUGGAGGGGAAGAGCGACGCCAUCACCGCUGUGAAGCUCCUCAGCUGUUUCGAUGACCUGGUUGCCAUAGGAACGGCUUCAGGUCGUGUGGCGGUCUUCCAGCUGGUGUCUCCACUUCCUGGUAGAAACAAACAGUUGAGGCGUUUCGAUGUGGUCGGCCUCCAUAAAGGCUCGGUGACCGCGCUGGCGUGGAGCACAAACGGGAUGAAACUUUUCUCUGGAGACGAUAAAGGACGAGUGGUGUUCUCAGCGCUGGACCUGGACCAGGGUGUUUGUAAACCCGUGCUGCUGCUGGAGGAGUCCUCAGGUGUGGUUCAGAUGGAGUACAGCCAUCAGGUGCUGCUGGUCUCCACUCAGCACAGAUCUCUGCUGUACUGCACACAGACACAGGAAGUCCUGCAGCUGGGCACCAAGCCCCGCAAGAGCAGUGGCAGGUUUGGAGCAUGCUUCCUGCCGGGGCUCUGCAAACAGAGCGAUCUUCAGGUGUUUGCUGCUCGUCCCGGACUCAGACUGUGGAGGUCUGAUGUCAGAGGACAGGUGGAGGACACCAGGGUCCUCAAACCGCUCUUCAAUGCACAGAUCCCUCAGUUCGACCUGUUUCCUCGUCCCGGUCCAAUCGGAGCGUACCGCCCAGCAGACAGACAGCUGGGUCUGCUCAGCUGUUUCCUCAGAGAGGGCUGGAUCCUUAGCUGGAACGAGUACAGCCUCUACGUCCUCGACUGUGUCAAUGAGGUGAUAAUCGGGGCGUUAGAGAGCAGUGGAGACAUCGUGUCUGUGUCCUGCUGUGAUAAUGAGAUCUUCAUCCUUAAAGGAGACAGAGACAUCAUCCGUCUGUCCAACAGCCCCGAGGGUCUGGCCUCCAACUUGUCUGAACUCUCCAUCCGGCUUUCCUCACCUUUGACCACGCCCACCAUCCUCCCGCCAACAGGAUCAGUGGAGACAGCACAGCCAAUCAGAACCAUGGCUAUCAUCAUAGAGGGUGGGGGGAGGGAGGAGGGGGGAGGUGGUGGAGAAUGGGUGAAGCAGGGUGAGGAUGGAGAGAAAGAUGAAGAUGAGGAAGGAUUAGAGGAGGUGGAGGAGGCGGAGGAGCAGCUGGAGGCAGCAGAUCAGCCCGGUCAGCGCUCCGGCCUCCUCACCAGCAGCUCCCGCAGCCGCAGCAGCUCGGUCACUUCCUGGGACAGUCUCCAUGGAAACACUACAGCCACCGCUUCCAGUGAGCUGAGCUCCAGACGCUACAGCGCCCCCUUCGGUCAGGGAGAGAUGCAGCAGGAGCUGGUGGUGAAAGCCAUCAGAGUGAAGAAGAGGAGGAGGAGGCGACAAGACAGCAGCAGUGGAAACCGUCUCUCAGAGAGCAGCUGCUCGGACUCCAUGUUUGUAGUUCAGGACAGCAGCUGCAGCGACGGAGGAAGUGGAACUCCUUUGAGCGACAGAGCCUCUCUUGUCGGUCUGGACCUUCACAACCAGGACUCUCCUGAAUCAAACCAGGACCCUCAAGAGGCUGGGAGCAUGAAGGAUGGAGAGACGGACUCUUCCUCAAAACAACCCAGCUCCCUCCUCCCCCCAGACUCGCUGCUCCUCCAGGGUUUGGAGGACCAGCUGAACCCAGGAAAGGUGUCUGGUCCCGGGGCAGAGGGAGAGGUUGUCCCCCCGACCCCUGAUGUGGAUCUGCUGCUGGAGUGUACCUUCUCCUAUAUGCACAACACUGAGGAGGAUGAUGGACAGGAGCAGCGGCCAAUGGAGGAGCAGGAGGAUGAGUUUCUGAGCCCUCUGAUUGGACCAGAGGAGGAGGAGGAUGAUGACCUGGUGCCCCCUGCUGGUGUGAUGGACCAGAUGUUUUACUCCACUGUGUCCAACCUGGACAGAAAGCCCAGCAUGUCCAGUGAUGAAGAAGGAGACAUCUACUGCCCGUCUCUGCCCCCAGCUGGAGACGUCCUCACAUGCCCGUCCAAUCAGACGGAGAAGACGGCGGACAGACCGGCAGACCAGGACAGUCAGGACAGAGACGCACACAAACCUGACCAGUUGGCAGAGAGCUGGAUGGGAUACUCUGGACCAGGAUGUGGGAUUCUGAGCCUGCAGGUGACUGACAGGUACGUAUGGUGUCUGGACUUUAAAGGAGGCCUGUUCUGCAGCAUUCUGCCUGAAGCUGGACUCAACUGGCAGCGGUUUGAAGACAACGUCCACCAGAUGGCGCUUUCACCUACAGGUAACCUGCUGUGGAAAGUGGAGCAGAAGACCAUGACGGCGUUCGCUUGUGCUAAAGUGACGGUGAAAGGGAAACGCCACUGGUACAAAGCUGUGGAGCAGACGGCCUUCGUGGCUCUGAGCGAUGACUCCGCCUGGAUCAUCAAGACCAACGGAGACCUUUACCUGCAGACAGGUCUGAGUGUGGAGCGGCCUUGUGCUCGCUCCGUGAAGGUGGACUCUCCGUGUGUGUUCAGCCAGGUGUGUGUGAGAGGGGGCGUGGUCUGGGCUCUGAGCGAACACAAAGCUUUAUUCUACCGCGAGGGACUGAACAGCUACUGCAGUGAGGGGGACGGCUGGAAGUACGACACCGUCAGUGAGGCUCAGGGUCUGGAGCUGAUGUGCGUUGCACUUGGUGACGGAGGAACGGCGUGGGCUCUGGACGCCAGCGGCAGCCUGUGGUUCAGGACGGGGAUCAGCUCAGCCAGACCGCAGGGCGAGGACGACCACUGGUGGCAGAUCAGUAUUUCGGACUACGUCGUCUUUGAUCAGGGCAGUAUAUUCCAGACGCUGCUGCAGGCCACUCAGAGUGUCGCAACGGUAACCAGGGCGCCCGUGGAGCGGGUGGUGGCCUUUUUAUCUCAGUACUCACAGUGCCAGCCAAGCCUGGUCAGCGCCAACGCCAGCGGGGUCUGGGUCGCCUCAGGACGCAACCAGCUGCACCUAGCCCGGGGAAGCCUCGUAGGAACUUUCUGGCAGAACGUGGUUCCAAGAGGAACCGUGUCAGCGACCAGGUGGAUCUUCAUCACAUCUUCAGCGGUGCCUCACAGAGAAGGUACCUUCCUGUGGUUGGCUCAGAGCAGGAAGGAUCUAUUCUGUGUUUGGGACCAGGAUGGAGAGCUCCGCCCCUCAUCUGUCCCUCUACCACCUGAGGUGGAGCUGACUCACCUGUCGGCCUGUCGGGAUGCUCUCUGGGGUUUAGACACUCAUGGUCGAGUCUGUAUCCGGACUCUGUCUCCAUCCUGUCCCACCGGACUCCACUGGACCCCCCUGGACCUCAGUCAGCUCGGUGGCGUCCGUCUGGUCAGCGUGAGCUGCGGCAGUCAGAACGUCUGGGCCGUGGACAGUCGAGGGGUUGUUUACUUCAGGGUUGGAACACAACCUCUGAACCCGAGCAUGAUGCUGCCAGCCUGGAUCCAGAUUGAUCCACCUGCACAGCCAAUCGGAGUGCAGCUGGUCAGCAUUCAGACGAGUCCUAAUGACCGUCUCCUCUGGGCCGUGGACAACAGAGGGAGUGUCUUUGUCAGGACCGGACUCAGUGAUGAAAUGCCUGUGGGGACAGACUGGGAGAUGGUACCAGGUCUGGCGGUCAGUCAGCUGGUGCUGAGCUCUCGUACUGUCUGGGUCCGCUGUGUAAACGGAGAUCUGGCUCGGCGUUACGGCGUCUCGGACAGAAACCCUGCUGGUGAUUACUGGAAGAAGAUCCCUGGAAAUGCGAACUGGUUCACAGUGACACCUGAGGACGAGUUAUGGGCAGUGACUCCUAUUGGUGGACUGUCCCGUCGUCUGACAAAGCUCCUCCCUCAGACUCCAAGUAGGCCCGCCCCCUCAGGCCCUUCCCUCAGCACAGAUGAUGUAGAGGACGAAUGGGAGCUCAUCUGACCUGUGACGCUCACCUGGAGGGACGCUGUGAUGUCACAGUGACAUCAUUUUGUUUAUAAAGUUCCUUCUGAGGUGAGGUACACACUUCCUGUCUGUGCCUCACUUCCUCCUGACUCUCAGCAGGAAAGUGACAUCACUUCCUGCGACUUCAGUGUGGAGAAGAAUGUACUUUAGGAGGCUGCCGCAUGGGAGCUCCAGAUGGCUGCUGGGAAAUGAAGUGAACUGAACUUUGUUUUUGUUUUGUUUUAAUAGGAAGCACUUUAAUCUCUGAAGGGACACUGGACUAACCUAAAAGCGCUUCUGAAUGGACCAAACCGGAUCUGACUGGUUUUAAAGCUGUAAUUCCAGUCCGGAUCUGAACCAGUUUGAACUGGUUCUGACUAAUAAAACCUAAUAUCUGCUGAUCCAGCUGGUUCUGACCAGAACUACCGUAAAAUCUGGUCUGUGUCGCUUUCAGAAAAGACUCUCAUGUCCUUCAUACAUAAAUGCUAAGAAAUGCUCGCAAAUGCAGCCGCUGUCACAUGACCAGAGAAUAUUGUAAAGGCAUCGACAGCAUGCUAGGAAGCAGCAGCGCAGACCAAACUGGCAGAUGUUGGUGCCACUUUUUACCAUCUUUUCCUCAUUGUGAGAUCAUGACCGUGCAUGCUAAGAAAGCAGAGCUUGUGGAGUGCACCUUUGAUUGAAAAGAGUCUUAAAUUAUAGACCAGAGGAGGUGGGCGGAGCAACCUGCGGGCUAUGGCUAUGGUGGGGUGGGUAGUCCCGCCAUUUUUGGGAAUACCCACCUUCUUUAGCACUAGUCCUCAGUGUCUGUACUUCACAACUAUCACUGCAGGCUUAACUACCGUAUUAUACCUAGCAGAGGUGCAUCUCUUUAUCAAAAACAGAACAGAGUGGUGCUGACACAAGAAGACCACUUUGCCUUCAUUUCCCUCAAAGCCAGACUGCGGCUGAUGUCCUGGUGCAGCCUGUAUUCUGGACUUUAUGGUAACUGGAUCAGCUCCUCCUGCUCCACGCUGAUGUUUAUCCCAGUUCAGACUGGUUCCGUUUUGGCUGUAACCUUUUUAUUAAUCUCCCAGUGUCUGUUGAAGGUAGGUCUAACUGGUUCUAACGGGUUCUGACUGGUCUUGAUUUGACCAUUCUUUGUUCUGUAUUUGAGGAUGUUAAAGGGACGGUUACUACUGAGGGAAAGUCUAACAUUUUUACUGGUUCUGGUUGUUUCUGAUUCUUUUUAGAUUUAUUUUGCUUUAGUACAAACCUGUUUAAAAUUGUGUGGUCCAUUUUCACAUGUGGUACCAGUUCCAUUGGCUACCAUUGUCUACCACUGGCUGCCAGUGGCCACCACUGGCUACCACUGGUGACCAUUGGCCACCACUGGCUACCACUGGUGACCAUUGGCUACCACUGGCUGCCAGUGGCCACCACUGGCUACCAUUGGCCACCACUGGCUACCACUGGUGACCAUUGGCUACCACAUGCCAUUGGUCUUGCUAUAUUGCCGCUUCGAGCUACCAGGGUUAGGGUUAGGGUUAUUAUAUUGCUGCUGUGUUGACCAAUCAUAGCGCUGUCUCGGUUUAGUCACAAAAAUGACACACCCAUAAAUUCUUCCUGUCAAAUGUUUGUUUAUGGAAUUAGCCUGGUAGUACAGCCUUAUGCUAAAGCUAACAAGUACACUACAGUCAAACACAAGCUUGUGUUCUAAUGAGGGAUAUAUUUAAUGAGGGAUAUAUUUAAUGUGAUUUUUAGAAUUUACUGCAGGCCACACUGGGCCCCAAGGCCACAGUUUGGACACCCCUGGUCUAAAACGAAGCGUCAUCAUCCCUGCAGCGCUCUGUGUAGCUAUGUUCAUGUGACUUUUAAAGGGAAGUUCAGUUACAGAACAUUUUAACUACUUUAAGACUUUAUUUCAAUGAAGCCAUUCUCUAGUUUAAGUUAGACCCGUUCCAGCUAAUUUGGUCCAGUUUUUAUAGUUUUUAUCCCAGUUUCAUUCUGUGGGAGUCGAGGACUUUAAAGGGACAGUUCACUCUACAUGAACCUGUUUAGUAAAGAGAACUCUAAACCAGAGACUCAGACCGUUUCAUCCUGAGACAGUGGCGUUUUGUUGGGUUUUCUGGUCUCCAUUUAAAGGACAGCGACUUUUUUUGUGCCUAAAAAGAAAGAUUGAAGAACUACACUGUUUCUGUUUCCCCCCUUACAUAGGCAUAAGCCCCGCCCACUGGGACUGAUCCAUUAAAACAUGUAAAAAUGUAAAUUUGAUGAAGACCUGUUUGUGUUUGUUUAUAACUUAGAAACUCAAAAACGUCCAAAUCAGAUCCGAAAGGAAACCUCUCUAGUGGACUCUAGUGGACUCUGAUAGGUUUCAAUAAAUUCUGGUGGACUCUA